AUGUCCCACUCUGGAGCCCAGGGCAGCAUUGGGAGCCACCCAGCCAUGGGGCUGCGUGCCCACAAAAUGUACCUGUUUGAGUUUGAGAACUUCCAGGGUCGUAUGAUGGAGUGCAUCACUGAGUGCCGUAACCUGUGUGAGAAGGGCUUCGAGAAGAUCGGCUCCAUCAGGGUGGAGUGUGGACCCUGGGUGGGCUAUGAGCAGCAGAACCUGAGCGGAGAGAUGUUCAUGCUGGAGAAGGGAGAGUACCCCCGCUGGGAUACCUGGAGCAACAGCUAUAGGUGUGACCGCUUCAUGUCCGUCAGGCCUGUUCGCAUGGACACCCAGGACCACAAGAUAUGCCUAUUUGAGUGUAAUAACUUUGAGGGCCGUAAGAUGGAAGUUUGUGAUGAGGAUAUCCCGAGUCUGUGGUCCUAUGGCUUCCAGGACCAUGUGGCCAGCAUCCAGGUCACUGGUGGAACUUGGGUUGGCUAUCAGUACCCCGGUUACCGUGGCUACCAGUACGUGUUCGAGUGCGCCGUCUUCAAGCAUUGGAACGAGUGGGGCGCCCACCAUCCCCAGAUCCAGUCCAUCCGUAGAGUGAGGGACAUGCAGACACAUCGCAGAGGCUGCUUUGAGUGGACCGUCUAG